AGAUAAUGAUUCCGCAACAAAAAAAACUUCCUAGAUUAAUGGGCUGGAAUGGGCUGGCCGAGGGCUUCGUUUCGGCCUCUGUAGCAGCAGCCCAUAGGACACCUGGGCCAUUAUUUGAUAGAUGUGCGGGAACCCUAGUAGCCGCCGCCCGCCGCCACCCGCUGUGCCUAUCCCCAUGGCCGCUUCCCCUCCUCCGACGAAAGUGGUCGCCGGCGCUGAAGACGGGAACUCCUCCUCCGCCAUCCCCAAGAUCCAGCCGACGGAGGCCAAAGUCGGCGAAGAGAAGGCCGCCGCCAUGGAAGCAACGUCAUGGUUUGGCCGGUUUGGGCAGCUCUACUUGGCCCUCUCGUCAUCCGCGCCUCGCCGGUCAAGACAGAAACCGAGAGGGGGAAGGCCACCGGUGCAGCGACGGGAACUCCUCCGCCGCCAGUCCCAAGACCCACCCGCCGCACGCCGGAAGUGCCUGUGUGAAGACAUCCUGGCCAGGCCGCUUUGGCCAGUACUACUACCCCGUCCUCCUUGCACUGCUCAUCCGCAUCUUACCGAGUAAAAAAGACCGGAGGGAGUACUGGCUUGAGACCUUCUGGAAGCUCAGCCCCAUCCGCCGUGCAUUUAUCAUACGCGCCUUCAUGGCCAUGGGUUUCAUGCUGAUCCUGGCCUUGGCCGUUCCUGCCCUGUUACUGGUGCACUUCCACGGGCAGGAGAUGGCCCAGGUGUGGGUCAUGUCGCUCACUCUGUGUUCAUACGCCUUCCAUGCCUCCCUCUUCAUCUGGAAGGAUUGGUGGUUCUACACAGACUUCGCGCGUCUCUCUUACGGCCCCCUGCUGGCCUACUUCGCUGCCACUGCCAUCGGCCCUUGCACCGCCAUCUUCAUCCUGCAUUGGAGCACGGUUUGGGCCGCUGGAUACCUGGGCUGCUGCAUCGCUUUGCACCGCCUGCACAAGGGGACCGAGCGGGGCAUUCACGAGUUGCCUAGGCGGUCGUGCCAUAGCAAGUACACACCCAAAGAACUCACCUUCUUGGUCUGUAUCAGAGUGCUCAUUCUCUCGGUGGGUUGGACUAUGUUCAUGGCGUUGCCGAUCUACGGAUUUGAGCUGACUGAACAGCUGUCUAUUGUCGUACUCCUCUCCUCCAUUGGCUGGAUGUAUGUCACCCUCUGGUUAUACCAUGUCGCUAACUAUCUCAUGCACGGAGUUCUCCUUAAGGGGCCAAUGAAUUCACUUCCAUAUCUGAUCCCAUGUGCCGUGUUCACUCCUACACUCUUGCUUCUGCCUGUUAUGUUAUCGGUAUUGUUACAUUGGCUGUUGCUGAUGGCCGUGGUUGGCUUCCUUGGGUACCAUCUUGCUGUUUACAUAUGCUACUUGCACACUGCCGCACCAUGUGAAACAAAAGCACUUGAGGGAGACUGAAGAUAUAUGUGCAGCUGCGCAGCUACUUUAUGAGACAGAGAAGACCAACAGUAUGGAGAGGCUGGAGAUUAUUUGUUGUAUGUUCAUCAAAAGAUGACCCCUUAAAACUCUAUGCAAGACAAUGUGUACAGUCAACUUUUUAUGUGUUUGCAUUGGGAUAUUAUGUACUUCUACUCUUGGGGUGUUGGAUAUUAUGUACUUCCACUGUUCGGUGUUGGAUGUUGCAUAUGUGGAGCAUAACUGUUCAGCUCUCCGCAUGACAGUAUACUUCUAAUUUUAUACUCCA